GUGGUCUAAUUUAUGUCAGUUUAAGGGUCCCGGACAUGUGAAGGUUUGAGAACCACUGCUUUAUACUAGCCACAAAUAUAACUUUUCUGACUCUGACUCUGUCAAAGUAUCACCUGGCAUCAUCAUGUAUAAUGUAGCCUGAUUUUCUCUUGGCCAGAAGAAAUCUCAUUCAUAUUUACAGCAAAUUGAAGAAUCAUAUUGACCACUGGGCGGCGCCAAAUCUAUUUACCGGUUAGAGGCUGACUUUUAAAUAACAAUGUAACUCCAAAUUGUUGCUUACGUGUUUGUUCUUAUAAAUAUAUAUAUAACCACUCAGUACACAGUUGGUGGGGAAACAAAGGUCAGUGGCUUUCACCUCAGAUCCACACUCAUCCUGCAGAGCUGGUUGUCCGCUGGUGUCUCACUUUACCAACAGAGCAGGCAACAGGCAGCGGAGAUAUGGCGAGUCCCGGGCAGAAAGUGGUGCUCAUCACCGGCUGCUCCUCCGGUAUCGGCCUGAGGAUGGCCGUGAUGCUGGCCAAUGAUGAGCAGAAGCGCUACCACGUCAUAGCCACGAUGCGUGAUCUGAAACGUAAAGAUAAACUGGUGGAGGCUGCUGGGGAUGCAUAUGGGAAAACUCUGUCUCUGGCUGUACUGGACGUCUGCAGCGAUGAGUCUGUCAAACAGUGUAUUAACGGCAUCAAAGAUCGUCAUGUCGAUGUCCUCAUCAAUAACGCAGGUAUCGGCCUGGUGGGUCCAGUGGAGAGCAUCCCUAUCGCAGAGAUGCAGAAAGUGUUUGAGACCAAUUUCUUUGGAGUGAUCCGCAUGAUCAAGGAGGUGAUGCCUGAUAUGAAGAAAAGGAAAGGAGGACACAUCAUCGUGGUCAGUAGCGUCAUGGGACUGCAAGGAGUGGUAUUUAAUGAUGUGUACGCAGCUUCCAAGUUUGCCAUGGAGGGUUUCUGUGAGAGUUUGGCUGUGCAGCUCUUGAAGUUUAAUGUCACUUUGUCUCUGAUUGAGCCGGGCCCGGUCCACACAGAAUUUGAGGCAAAGAUGAUUCAGGAUGUGAAACAGAAGGAGUUCCCUGGAGCUGAUCCUGACACAGUGCAUUACUUCAAGAACGUUUAUCUUCCUUCUUCUGUGGACAUCUUUGAGACAUUGGGACAAACACCUGAUGACAUCGCCAGAUGCACCAAGAAAGUGAUUGAAGCAAGCAGUCCACGUUUCCGUAAUCUGACCAACCCUUUGUACACGCCCAUCGUAGCGCUGAAAUACGCUGAUGAAACUGGAGGCCUGUCAGUCCACGCUUUCUACCACAUGCUCUUUAACCUGGGCCCUCUCAUGCAUGUCAGCAUGACCGCCAUGAAGUACCUCACCUGUGGAUGUCUGAGGAGCAGGACGGUUUCACCAAACUAGAAAACUGCUGAAACUGUACUCCCGUACACACAUUUGAACAAUACAAUCUCACUGAGCAUGUAGACCAGAAUAAAGACCCAUGCUACCUGGACUGAGGUUGUCAGACGAUCACAAAUAAUGUGUCAUACUAACAUUCAAAACCUGCCCAAGGUGAUGUAGCAAAAGUUCCUUUGUCACAGGUUUUUUGAAAAACAAUUCAAUAAUACAGUACAUACAAUACAAUGCAUGCAGACUUUCAAAAUGUUUAUCCUUUCUGCCAAUUUCCUGCUGUAUAUAUGCAGUCUCUGUUGUAAUGAACUGUUCUCUUCAUGUUCUUUUCUCUUUAUAAAACUGUAGCUUAUGAAUGUUUAGAUACCAAGAUGCCACACCUGGGUCCAGUUGAGUUGAAAUACCGUCUGCAACAGUUUUAAGAUUUGUUUUAGCCUACCCAGAGUGCCAAAUGAGUAGGGUUUGCACUGUACAACACACUUUAGCCUGAUUUUAUUAUUUCAUCCAUACCAGUCCCAGACAACUUGGUAUUUCACUUAGUUUUAAACUCUAAUUUGUUCAGAAAAAUCGCUCAACACCCUGUUCAUUUGAAGCCUAUGUAUUUGCAUGUAUGUACAGAUUUUUAAAAUACCAUCAGUGUACUGGAACAACUAUUUUGGCAUUAAAAUGUGUAAA